CAGGAGCUCAUGGUCUAUUCCCAGAGGUGCUGAGCAUCCCCAGAUCAUUUUGUAGCCAGGAAAGCUGGGCAUUUUUGGUAUUUUGGGUGACCACUUGAAAGUCUGCUCACAAGGCUACACAUGCUGCUCCCAAGAAAUGGAGGAGAAGUACAGUCAGCAGAGUAAACACGACUUCAGAAACGCUGUUGUAGAGCUUAGCAAUCACCUACAGAACAUGUUUAGUUCCCGGUACAAGAAGUUUGAUGAGUUCUUCAAAGAGCUGCUGGAGAACGCAGAGAAGUCCCUGAACGACAUGUUUGUGCGGACGUACGGCCGGCUGUACAUGCAGAACUCGGAGCUCUUCAAGGACCUCUUCGUGGAGCUCAAGCGCUACUACGUGGGCGGCAACGUCAACCUGGAGGAGAUGCUCAACGAGUUCUGGGCGCGCCUGCUGGAGCGCAUGUUCCGCCUGGUGAACCCCCAGUACCACUUCACGGACGAGUACCUGGAGUGCGUCAGCAAGUACACGGAGCAGCUGAAGCCCUUUGGGGACGUGCCCAGGAAGCUGAAGCUGCAGGUGACACGCGCCUUCGUGGCCGCCCGCACCUUCGCCCAGGGCCUGGCCGUCGCCAGGGACGUCGUCAGCAAAGUGUCCGUGGUGAACCCCACGCCGCAGGGAACGCGGGCGCUGCUGAAAAUGAUGUACUGCCCACACUGCCGGGGCCUGGUGUCAGUGAAGCCCUGCUACAACUACUGCUUCAAUGUCAUGAGAGGCUGCUUGGCCAACCAAGGGGACUUGGAUGCCGAGUGGAAUAUCUUUAUGGAUUCGAUGCUGCUGGUAGCAGAGAGGCUGGAGGGACCUUUCAACAUUGAGUCAGUCAUGGACCCCAUCGAUGUGAAAAUUUCAGAUGCGAUCAUGAACAUGCAGGAGAACAGCAUGCAAGUGUCUCAGAAGGUUUUCCAGGGAUGUGGCCAGCCAAAGACACUUGCCCAAGGCCGGACUGCUCGCUCUGUCUCUGAAGGUGGUUUCACUGCUCGUUUCCGACCCUAUAACCCAGAGGAGCGACCCACAACAGCUGCUGGCACGAGCCUGGACCGGCUGGUUACUGAUGUGAAAGAGAAGCUGAAACAAGCCAAAAAAUUUUGGUCAUCUCUCCCUGGCAACAUUUGCAAUGAUGAAAAGAUGUCUGUAGGCACUGUCAAUGAGAAUGAAUGCUGGAAUGGAAGCGCCAAGAGCAGGUACGACUUUGCAGUGACUGGAAAUGGUUUAGCAAGUCAGGUGAAUAACCCAGAGGUUGAGGUGGACAUUACCAAGCCAGACAUGGUGAUUCGCCGGCAGAUCAUGGCCCUGCGGGUGAUGACCAACAAGCUGAAGAAUGCCUACAGCGGCAACGACGUCGACUUCAUUGACAUAAGUGAGGAGAGCAGCGGCGAGGAGAGCGGCAGCGGCUGCGAGCUCCAGCAGUGCUCCCCCGAGUUCGAGUUCAACGCCACCGAGGUCACCGGCAGCUCCAACAAGAGCGACAAGACCGUGAACACUUCUGCUGCUGCCACCAGAAGUGGUCUAUCACAAGCAGCCUUGCUCCUUAGCCUUUUGUUCUUGGCCAUGCAAAGACAAUGGAGAUAAUUGUGCAGCAUAGGGGGAGGGGAAAAGACUUUUAUUAUCAAAGGUAGAAGGCACCUGCUUUCACUUUUAUACCAUCUAGAGACUUUGCUUUUUAAGUUAAUGGACAACAGUGUACAGUUUUUACUAUGUUGCCACUGGUUUUAAGAUACUGAUUUAUUUUUUUUCCCUUGCUAUCCUGGGAAUAACAGGAAUGGGAAGUACCAGUCUAUCCCGUUCACCAAGAAUCCAUGUUAGAGGUGGAUAACAAAAAUGUAUAUACAAGCCUGUAGUUAGCUCUGCAUUUGUGUCUUUAUCACUUUUUUUUUUCUUUUACUGUAUUUCUUACGAAAACAAAAACCCCAGGGUCUUCUCUUGGCCUGUAACAAGUAUGUGUUUCUGAAAUGAGAAAUAUCUGUACAGAAGCAGGUUUUAUUUAUCAUGUUAUCUUAUGAGGAAAAAAUAAUUGCCCAACAAGCAGAAAAUGUUUCAUGUAGUUAACUUCCCAUUUAUCCACAUUAUGUUAGUUGCCUUAUCUGGAGAGAAGUGGAAGUCAUUUGUCUUUAUUAUGCGGUAAAACAGAAGGUGAAGGCAGAACUGGUCAUCGUGCCAAGGGCCCCGUUUGCUUAGGGCAUCCAUGCCAGGAGCAGGUUGUGCUUGCUUUGCAGGAGAUUUGGUUCAAUUGGAAGGGACUACAGAGAAUUCCCAUUCUGCAGACGCUGAGAAGAGCUGUCCUUUGCUCCCCGGGAUCCUUGCAAUCAGCUGUAACUCCUGUGGGUCAGUUCCCAACGUGCAUCCCCGAGGGAACGAGGCAUUAAACUUGUUCAGUUGGAAACAACUUGUGGUCUCACAGCUCCAAAUGCCAACAUGUGUCUUGUCUGCACGUUUGUUAGCUGAAUGCUGGAUUGAUUUUUUAACACUCGGUUCUGGUUCCAAGGAAUCCUGUGUGGGAGGGCAGGUGGGGAGGGAUUGGGUUUGUUUUUGCAAGAGUUUUGUUUCCUCUCUGAUGGGGGCAAAAGAGAAGGAACAGGCACUGUUGCAGGUACAUGGAAGCAGGAGCUGGCAGGGCUGAAGAUGCCUCAUUUUGGGUGUGUUUGGUCUCCUGGGAUCUGAUGCCCAGCACCUCUGGCACUACCUGAGACAGCUUCCUCUCUCUCCUUGUGCUGUUGGAACGAUGUUGUGGUGAACAGCAACUCACGAAUAAAAGAAAUGUAUAUUUUUUAGAAAAGAGAUGAAAUAAUUUUUAAAAGAGUUUAGCAAAAGCAACAUCUUUGGAAAGACUCAAAAUUAUUCUGCACGUCUCUUCCUGCUUUGGAUAGCCUUUAGGUCUGGCUGGAUGCCUGGAUCUGGGCAGGAAAGCAAUUCUGAGAGAAAAGGUUUGCUCUAUUCCACCUUUGUGUCAUAAAGGAUAAUUUUCUAUUUUUAUAUUGAAGCAUUAAUUACUUGUUAGCUCAGGGUCAGCAUUAUACUCAACUUUAUUUUCACACCAAAUUUCUGCAAAGCUAUAAAGACAAAGUAUUCUUGGCUGGUAUAAAUAAUCCUGGAGGCUUAAUUUUACCAGAAGUAGCCAGUUAUUUAUUAAAACAUGAUGUUAGUAGAGUUAGGGAUAUUCUGGUUAGAUUAUUUUUCUUUAGAAAAUAAAUCAUGGAACCAUAAAAUUGAAAAAAUUAUAAAUUUAUGUGUGGGAAAAAAUGGAUUGUAAAUAGCUAAGUUGCCUUGCAAGGAAUUGGAAAAUGUGCUGAUACUUAGAAACUACCUCAGUUCUGAGGAAUUUCCUUUCUAGCUUUGAGUGCUAUUGCUUUUACUUGGUAGAAGUGAAUCUGGUCUCCAAUAUGUAGCUGAAAGAGUUAUCCCUAUAGACCUUGUUAGAUUGUUUUUAAUUUAGAGGGUUGAACUACAUCCAGCUGUUUUCUUUCAGCAAAGUUCCCUAACAAAGAGAAUUUCUGAAUUAAAUAUUGCUGAUGGUUUCCAUGA